CCCUUGUGCCCAGUUCUCUGCUAUUGUUGUUCACAGACUCCAGUUACCUUAUUGUUUCCUUGACUGUUGUCACUUGUGUGUAGUGAGAAUGUGUGACAUUAUGUCUGUGGAACAGCUGCUGCAGAACCUCUUGGAAGGUUUUACCAGUUAUGAAAAUGAGAUUUUUGAAUCGGAUUAUUUGGAACUAGAAGAACUCCCAGAUACUGAUGAGCCCGUUUACAUUCUGGGAAAACAGUAUGACAUUAAAACAGAAAAAUGUGAUCUUCUCUCAGACAUUACCUCCCGUUUGUGGUUUACAUAUAGAAAGAAGUUUUCUCCCAUAGGUGGAACGGGACCUUCGUCUGAUGCUGGCUGGGGAUGUAUGCUGAGAUGUGGACAGAUGAUGCUGGCACAGGCCUUAAUCUGCCAGCAUUUAGGCAGAGAAUGGAGAUGGGAAAAACAUAGAAAACAGCCAGAAGAAUAUUACCAAAUCCUACAGUGUUUUCUAGACAGAAAAAACUGUUGUUAUUCCAUUCAUCAGAUGGCACAGAUGGGAGUUGGAGAAGGAAAGUCUAUAGGAGAAUGGUUUGGACCAAAUACUGUGGCUCAGGUUUUAAAGAAACUUGCUGUGUUUGAUGAGUGGAACUCAUUAGCUGUCUAUGUUUCCAUGGACAACACGGUGGUCAUCGAAGAUAUAAGGAAAAUGUGCCGCUAUCAGCCACACACGUGGAGCACAGCGCAGAGCGAACCUUACACACACCAAAGUGCUUGGAGCAGAGACCCAUCAGAGCAGUGUUCUGCCUGGAGGCCGCUGCUGCUAGUUGUACCACUGCGUCUGGGAAUUAACCACAUUAACCCUGUUUAUAUCGAUGCUUUUAAGGAAUGUUUUAAAAUGCCACAGUCACUAGGAGUAUUAGGUGGAAAACCAAAUAACGCCUAUUAUUUCAUAGGCUUUUCAGGGGACGAGCUUAUUUACCUAGAUCCUCACACAACUCAGACCUUUGUGGACACAGAAGAAGCUGGCACGGUGCAGGAUCAAACGUACCACUGCCAAAAAAAUCCUAAUAGGAUGAAGAUUCUGAAUCUGGACCCCUCAGUAGCAUUAGGAUUUUUUUGCAAAGAAGAAGCAGAUUUUGAUACUUGGUGUACUACCGUAGAGAAGGAAAUAUUAAAGAAUCAGAGUUUACGGAUGUUUGAAGUUGCUCCAAAGCAUCCUCCUCACUGGCCUCCAUUCAUCCCACCAACCAAGCCAGAGGUCUCCACAACAGGUGCCGAACUAAUUGAAUCCACUGAUAAACUGUUUGAAGAGGAAGAGUUUGAGAUCCUGACCGUGUGACAAGGUGUCAAGUGUUGACUAUUAGUGGAUCGCUGAUACUCCAACCUUUGCUAGCCAGAAAGUGCCUCAAACACGAUCGAUCACAGAGCACAAUCCAGGGGCAUUGGACUAACGGCAGAAGUUGUAUGGAAACCUCCAUGGGGAGAAUCACACCGCUACCUUGCAUGUUCCUGUCUCUGGGAUCACACGGCAGGUUGUUUACAGCCACACUCAGUGUGUCCAAGGUGCUGGUUGUCAGACACUUGGGCUUAAGUCGUUGCAGGCCAGUGUAUUCUACAGUAUAUCAGUAGCGACAAUGGUUGCCUGUCCCUUUUGCAAUACCCUAACCCAUAGUAGCCUACGGGAUUUUUGCAUAUUAUUUAACACUUCCAUGCUGGAAAACUGUAUGUAAUUUGUAAGACUCAUAACAAUAAUUUGGGGUUUCUACGUAUGUAUUAUUGACUUUUUUCCAUGGAGCGUUUUCUGUGUUAUGUCCUCCCUGGUAAUGAUGCAAUUGUCUGAGUGUAUGAUAAGAUCCAGGCAGCAUUCUGUACUCUAUUUUUAUGUUGCAAUGUCUGAAUGAUGUCUGUCGAUGACAUACGGUGAGUAAUGUUUUUUUAUAGCUGCCGCAGUUUGUAAGAUUUACCGACAAUCACUUAUUACAAUUGUGCCAAUUCAUUUACACCAUUCACAUUCAUAGCAAUACGCUUUGUGAAAGGAGCCAUCUCCUUACAUACAAUACAUUGAAACAACAGAAUUUCUCUUCUGCACUUUUUUAUAUAGAUUUUAAGCAUUAUACUGUAAGCGUAUGUGGAAAGGUAUUAGUGGGACACGGAGAGGUAAGCAGGCAGUGUUUUUUUUACUUUUCACUACAUGAUAACUUUACCGCACUCAGGUUUGGUUUACUACGCAUGAAUAAAUUAAUUGUGUAUUAUUCACAAA